AUGACCGCCCUUCUAGGGCGGGGGGUUUGUUUGAUUCCUCGCUCAGUCUUAACACAACGACAUCGAGAACACCAGUACAUUUCACCACAUGUUGAAAUGCAGGGACAACAAUUGGAUACGAUAGCUGAACAUGAACGCAUUAAUCCAGAAUACGCUGUGCUGUUUGCCCCUCCGGAAUCAAUAGAGGAUCGAGCUGGGGGUGUCGAGUCAACUGCCGCAACUGAUAAGUUAAUAAACCCGGGAAUUCCAUCUCGCAAUGGCAUACGACGCGUACUUGGUGAUCUAGAAACAUGCGCCGAAGAUCUCCUGAUCUUCGUCUCGAGUUCGGACUCAGAACAGCGUGUUCUGAUUUCCAGGUCGAAGUUACGGUCAUGCAGAGAGGCAAUAUUUUCGAUUAUCCGAUGGUUCGAAACGCAACGCAAAGAUAUACGCAUCUCGCACGGAAAGAAUCCUUAUUCACCGAACAGCAAUCUGGAAGAUGGCUCUCCAGCAGGAACACCGGAUAACGGGGUAGGUCCCCGCAACAAACGAGCGGCAAUCGGCAUUUCAGAGCAGCAGCAACUCUGUGAGGCAAACGUUUGCCGCUCCGUCAAAUCCUCACAAGCAUGUGCCAAAGCCAGAAGCAUGACAAGGGAAGAGAUAAAACUAUGCAGCAUGUGUAGACCACGAAACGAGGGACUCAUCAGAAAACACUGUGCGAAACAACACCAACCGCAACAGAAUGUCCUCUACAUUCUUCUGGCAUUACUCGCUGCGCUAUCUGGAGCUGCAGGAGUAUUUGUGCUUAUUCGCAAAGCAAAAGGGCAGCGGAGCGAACUUAGACCAGGUCCCUGUCCCUCAUUCAACAGCCAACAGGGAAUUCUGAGACAGGGCGUCAUCACGGGUAUCCAAAGAUCAAGAAGCUUAAUUGGUAUGCCUGACGUGGAAAAGAACCCUGGGAUAGGAAGUAACAGACCCCAACUACAAACCCGGUCAUUACAUGGCUCCCAGAGGGGUAUAACAGAUGCUGAAAUGCAAAUGUACAAUCAUGAAGGCCAGGGUUCUCGCCAGUUAGCCCAUAGCGAUUCGUUGAAACUUCGAGGAGGGACAGGGAAGAAAAGACCAACAACACCAACCGCUUGUAUCCAGACACAGACGCUUCAUAGUUUUUGA